AUGUCUCUCAUUCCGUGGCUCCGAUGGAACGAGGCCCCGCCCCGCCUGUCGACCAGGAGCCCAGCUGACAUGGUGCUGGAGACGCUCAUGAUGGAGCUGGCAGGGCAGAUGCGAGAGGCGGAGAGGCAGCAGUGGGAGCGCAGUCACACGGUCAGGAAGGUCUGCACCGGCGUGGACUACAGCUGGCUGGCCAGCACGCCCCGGCCCACCUACGACCUCAGCCCUGGCGAGAGGCUGCAACUGGAGGACGUCUGCGCCAAGAUCCCCCCGUCCUACUGUGGGCCCGCCAUCCUCAGGUUCAGGCAGCUGCUGGCGGAGCAGGAGCCCGAGGUGCAGGAGGUGGCCCAGCUGUUCCGCUCGGUGCUGCAAGAAGUGCUGGAGCGGAUGAAGCAGGAGGAGGAGGCCCACAAGCUGACUCGGCAGUGGAGCCUGCGGCCCCGAGGCAGCCUAGCCUCCUUCAAGACCCGCGCGCGCAUCUCCCCUUUCGCCAGCGACAUCCGCACCAUCUCGGAGGACGUGGAGCGGGUGGCACCACCGCCUCCCCGGACCUGGAGCAUGCCCGAGUUCCGGGCGCCCAAAGCCAACUGACUCUGCCUCUUCCCUGCCCAGGAGCUGAGCCACCUGC